AUGUGGAUCUUGGUGUCCACCAUCAUCAUCAGCUGCUGUCACGCAAAGGCGAUGCCAGUCAAACGUCGUAUGGUUCUCAGAUUGCCAUUUGUUCAUAACCAGGAGAACAGUCAGACCUCGUUCCAACAACGCACAUUCUUGCGUAUGCUCAACGGGAACUCCAAAAUCAAGAAGGCCGCCAUGACUUCCGGAGACGUUACCACCGCUUCAGAUGACACCGACGGAGAGAACCAUCUCUUCAUGUUCCGUCGUAUCUAUUGA